AUGCAAGACAAGAAGAAGCAAACGCAAUAUUACUCCCACAUGUCGAAAGCCUUUGCCUCAAUGUGCCACGUCUUCGCGACCGUCAUGGACAAAAGCAUUGGGCUCGACGCCGCGACGGUGAACGACGUUAACCAGAAUGGCCUCUGGUUCCACGCUGAGUUUCCAACCUUACAACGGCUCAAGCAAGUUACCAUGAUCGAAGCAAUAUCAGAAGAUGGAGGAAAGAGGUUUACAUAUUGGACGAGCUUGAAUAUGUUUGCAACCAGUGCGCAACAUGAAGACGUUGUUGGCGAUUCGCCAAAACGCGCGGACACGUUAGAUUUCGACUGGGAUCAGUCCACAGCUGAUGAUAUAUUUGUCGAAGAAUGGGAUGUGGAUCCCCUGAUCAUUCUCAAGGGAAAGGGAAGUGAGGCCUUCAUUGCCAAUGUCAUGUGCAUCAAUGCGAAUUGCUUCGAAGAAUGGGCGAGCGUAAGAGAAGUUGGUAUUGAUCUGAGCGAGAAAGCAAACUCAUUAUAG